CCUCGAGCGCAGCGUCAGUCGUCGUCGUGUCUCUUUUCACCAUUUUUUUUAUUUCUGUCAGUUGCAUUUCGACAGAUCUCUGAAUCUAAACACAUCGAUCCGAACGCUAAUUAUCAAUCACCCUCGCGCGCUGCUGCGGUGGAAUGCAAAUAACGCUCCGCGCGCUCCUCAAGGGACACGGACGGAGAUCACGCGCGGAGUCCCGAUUUAACGAUUCUGUGAUCCAGAAAAAGCGUCAGAAGAAGCAUACUCUUCUGAUAUUUUUAGGUUCUCUCCUUCAGUCGGCGGAGUCUGAAGCGAGGUUUAAUCAUGACGGCCACUAAAGAGCAGCAGAACCAGAGAGCGAAUCCGCAGGACGAGGAUCUGGGUGGCAUGAGUCCUCCUCAGAGGAACUGGAAGGGGAUUGCUAUCGCUCUACUGGUCAUACUGGUGGUCUGUUCUCUCAUCACCAUGUCUGUGAUCCUGCUGACUCCAGCGGACACGCUGCCCGGUAGUGACACCAAACUGUCUGUGGAGGAUCUUUUCAGCAGCGAUUUCCACGUGCAUGACCCUGAAGCACGCUGGAUCAACGAAUCUGAAGUUAUCUACAGAAAUCACAAUGGACAUGUGAUCUGGUCUAACAUCCUCACAAACGAAACAGAGAUUGUGCUGAAAAACACCACAUUUGAUGCAUUUAAAGCCACCAGAUACUCCAUCAGCCCCGACAUGAAGUAUGUGCUUUUUGCCUACAAUGUCAAACAGGUUUUCCGGCAUUCAUUCACUGCGUCCUACAUUAUCUAUAACAUUCACACCAGGGAAGUGUGGGAGUUGGAUCCUCCAGAAGUGUUGAACUCUAAACUUCAGCACGCUGCUUGGGGCGUUCAGGGGAAUCAGCUGGUGUAUAUAUUUGAGAAUAAUAUUUAUUAUCAGUCGGACGUGAGGAGUAACUCUCUCAGACUGACGUCAUCAGGGAAGGAGGGUGUGGUCUAUAACGGCAUUGCUGAUUGGCUGUAUGAAGAGGAGGUCCUACACACUCAUGUAGCACAUUGGUGGUCACCUGACGGGGAGCGUUUGGCCUUUCUUGUCCUGAAUAACAGUCUGGUGCCAAACAUGGUGUUGCCCACUUUCACUGGCUCUACUUACCCAAAGGGCAGACAGUACCCAUACCCGAAGGCAGGACAGCCCAAUCCAGUGGUGAAACUGUAUGUGGUGAAUUUGUAUGGACCGACACACACUCUAGAACUCACACCACCUAAUGAACUCAAACUCAGGGAGCACUAUGUAGUGAUGGUGAAGUGGAUCAGUAAGACUAAAACAGCAGUGCGCUGGUUAAACAGACUUCAAAACAUCUCUGUUCUCACAGUGUGUGACUCCACCACUGGAGCCUGUGUGAAGAGGCAUGAGGAAACGUCCGAGGUUUGGCUCUCCAGACAGAACCAGGAACCAUUCUUCUCACGAGACGGAAGCCGAUUCUUCCUGACAGUUCCAGUGAAACAGGGGGGACGAGGAGACUUUCACCAUGUGGCCAUGUUCACCUCUCAGGUGCGUACGGAUCAGAAUGAGGUGCGUCAUCUAACAUCAGGUAACUGGGAAGUUACAGAGAUUCUGGCAUAUGAUGAGAACGCCCAGAGCAUAUAUUUCCUGAGUACAGAAGGUUCACCCAGACAAAGACAUCUCUACAGCGUUUCAACAGUGGGUUUGUUUCCACGGCGAUGUCUGACCUGUGAACUCAAUAAAGCUCACUGCACGUUCUUCAGUGCCGUUUUCAGCCCCUUAAAUCAACACGUCGUGCUGCACUGUAAAGGUCCUGGAGCCCCAACAGUGAUCAUGCACACAUUAAAUAUGGCCAAUUAUUAUGUCCUGGAGAAUAACUCUCUGCUCAAAGCUGCUCUCAGAUUCAAGAGAAUCCAGCUGACGGAGUUUAGAAGCAUCCAGAUGGAUCACUUUGAGCUUCCGCUGAAGAUCACUUAUCCACCUGAUUUCUCUGAGUCCCGCCAGUACGCCCUUCUGCUGAAAGUUGACAGCGCCCCCGGUGGCCAGCAGGUGAACGAGCGGUACUCAGUGGACUGGGACUCUGUGCUGGUCAGCUCUGAUAAUGUUAUUACGGCUCAUCUGGAUGGAAGAGGAAGUGGAUUUCAGGGCCAGAAGAUUCUACAGGAAGUGCACAAGCGUCUGGGAGUGUUUGAGGUUCAGGAUCAGCUCGCUGCUGUCGAGUACCUGCUGAAACUGCCUUACAUCGACCGCAACAGGAUCGGUGUGUUUGGUCAGGCUUAUGGAGGUUAUGUGGCACUUCAGCUCAUGAAAUCUUCUGAGAAUGUGUUUAAUUGUGCCGCAGCUCUGUCACCUGUGACGGACUGGAGUUUAUAUGCCUCAGCUUUCUCUGAGCGUUAUCUGGGGUUUCCUCUUCAGGACGACAGCCGAUAUCAGAUUUCUAGCGUGCUGCAGAAUCCGCAGGGCUUCAGAGAGCAGACGCUCAUGCUGCUGCACGCCACUGCAGACGCAAACGUUCAUUUUCAGCACACAGCUGAACUCAUCAAGAACCUGGUAAAGUUCGGAGCAAACUACACCCUACAGAUUUAUCCAGAUGAGGGUCACUUCCUGUCUAAGAUCAGCAGGCGACACCUGGCGGCAACACUGAGCAGCUACUUCAGAUCCUGUCUGCAGGAGGAAAUGCUUCCCAUAAGUGAGGAAGAGGAAGAGGAAGAAGAGUAGAGCAAAGAUGACAUGCAGCACACAAACACACCACAAUACACACACAAUGGGACAAGAAACACACUAGCAGUCAAGAAAAACAUGUAUAAUCAGAGCCAUUACACACACACACACACACACACACACACACACACACACACA